CAUGUGGCCGGUGGCCUGCCCCAGACUGUACUUUAACAACAAAACAAAACAAAAAUCUCCAUUCAAUCCCCUCUGUCAUCUCUUCUUUUUCUCUCCCCCUGUUCUCUGCGUCGCCGGUCCACCUGAUACCAUGGACGACUCACCAAUCAACCGUCUACCACAAGACACACUCCACCAGAUUUUCUCAUCUCUCCCACUUCGUCAAAUCAUGAUUUGCAGAUCCGUCUGUAAGUUCUUCAAUCAAAUGUUGACCUCACCAUCCUUCGUGGACCUAAUUUCCACCCAGCCCCCGCUGCGCUUCCUCGCUCUCCGCCCUCCACAUCACCACCACCACCUCCACCAUCAAAGACAAAACAGUCACGUCUCCUCUGUACCUUACCUCCACGUGUUCGAUCCAGACCAGAAUCAAUGGCUCAGGUUCAGUCUCAGCUUUUUACCUUUCAGGUCACCUCACCCGGUGGCGUCAGCGAGUGGACUCAUUUACCUCUGGGGUGAAUCACCGACCUCGAUCGAGUCGAACAGGUCACUCGUUGUCUGUAACCCCUUGACCCGCCAAUUUCAGGUGCUCCCUCAACUUGGCUCGGCCUGGUCACGACACGGAUCUGUCCUGGUUGACUCCGUUAACCACCGAGUCAUGGUAUUAACUGAACUCGCUGCUUUAUAUUUCUCAAACACAAACAAGACAAACUCGUGGUUAACUUUCUCCGCGAAUUUACCAUCAAAACCCAGAAGCCCAAUUCUAAUAUCGGACUCUGUUUUCGCUUUAUGCGAUGUUGGGUCUCCAUGGAGAUCUCAAUGGAAGCUUUUUACAUGUAUACUGUCGAAACUUAAUAACAAUUAUAACAACUGGGUUUGUUUAGAAAGGCAAGAAUGGGGAGAUAUUUUUGAUAUUAUAAAACGACCACGUUUGGUUCGAGGAAAGGGGAAUAAAUUGUUGAUGAUUGGAGGGUUAAAGUCGAAUUUCUCGUUGAAUACAUCGUGUUCGACGAUUUUGAUAUUGAGGCUGGAUUUAGAGAGAUUGGAAUGGGAGGAGGCAGGGAGAAUGCCGGUGGACAUGUAUAGGAGUUUUCAGGAAUCGAGUAAGUUGAAGGUUUUUGGUGGCGGGGAUAGGGUUUGUUUCUCGGCCAAGAGAAUGAGGAAAUUGGCUUUGUGGGAUGAUUGUGAUGGUGUUGUUUGGAGGUGGAUUGAAGGAGUGCCUGUAGGUGGAGAUGGGCUUUGUAGAGGGUUUGUGUUUGAGGCUGGUCGUACUGCAUUGCCUUGAACUGGUAUGUUUGGUUAUUAAAUUAGAGUUGGAUUUUAUUGCCACUAUUGUAUUUGAGAAACUUAUUGGCUUAUUUAUGCUGUACCAUGUAUUUGGUUUAUCAAUGAAAUGUUGUUUUUGCUUUA